AAAAACCCAUGGAGUUUCUUGGCAAGGGGAGGGCAGAGGAACACAAACUGUGGGUGGACCCCUGUGACAAUGUAGAUCAGGCACCUAAACCCUCCCUGGUUGAAAAACACUAGUACCACGAAGGCUUACAGUGGUUAGUACCGCUGUAGAUCCGGAAGGCUGCUAGUUUAAGUUUAAUUCCCUGGAUAAUACAGGCUUACGCUGAAUAAUACCAGGUGGACAAGGACUAAUAGUCUGCUUAUCGCAGGUAAAGAGGAUUCGUGUCCAGACCGCCAGACAGACCCCUGCUUUGCUGUUCCAGACAGAAAAACCCACAACGCCAAGCCAGAGAUGUCCAAUCUCGCACCAGAUGCUCAGGCCCGUCCAGACCAGACUGAGAGUGAUGGGUCCUCUGAACCGUCACCCCAGGCUUUGAGGAAGCCACCUGGGCAUCUGAAAUUGGCACGCAGCCUUUCUAAAUCAGACUCCGACCUGCUGGCUUCCCCUCAUUGUGAGGACGACGGGCCUCUUGGUGGCCGGAGCGAAUCCCUGUCCAACUGUGCUGAUGAGAGGAAGGAAACGGAGCAGAUGCCAUCGUUUGCCUCCGAAUGGGACGAGAUUGAAAAGAUCAUGAAUGUAUAUAAUAAAUAUUCAAUCGUUUGA